AUGGAGACGGAAACUGGUUCCAAAGAGGAAGGUCUGAAGAGUGAAGCCAACAACGGGAACAGGAUUGGGAUGAACAUCCAGGCCCCCUUCAGACACUGGAAGACUGCUCUAAGGUCUCUCUCUGAUGACCAUCUUGCCAUAGGCACACCAGCGACCCUAAGGCCAUCAUCUUACAGCGAUGCCGGGCAAUUUAAUCGCGGUGGUCUUGAGGACACUGACGUGCUCCACGCCAUCGCCAGCCGCGCUGCAAGGACAAACAGAAAGUCUAGCUCUCUUGUUUCAGGCUCCGAGCGAGCAGAGACAGGGACAUUUUGCUGGAUCGAGCAGUCAGGAUUUGGGGAGCCUCUGCCAAGUUCAGUCACAUCACGUGAAGUCCUUAUUCCCAGGAACUCCCAGGCAGCGGCUGGCAGGAGAGCACACCGACACUGGCCGAGGAAACAGAGGCGUGAACAGCAGAGCGACUGGAAACGUUUCCUAGAGACCAGGCGUGUUGUCUCAGCUGCAAACUUCGCUCUCUCCGUCCGCAGAGUCAGAAACUCAAAGUGUUUUCUCAUGGAGCAACAGGGACUUCUAAGCACAUGCGCCCCAGUCACUCCCAGAAACUCCCUGAGUGAAACGGGACCAUUUCCAGGAUGAAGUUCAACAGCUGUGUAACAACCCACGUCUUUCUUCAGGGUUCUGGGACUUGGAACACGACGUAAAGAGAAAUGCCGUACCUGGUCAAAACUGAUUCUCUAGACAGGCAAAAAGUCACGGCCUGUAUUCUAAGCUGAGAUAUUGGUUCCCUUUAUAUCUUAAGGAGAACGGACUGCGGGUAACCACUCGCUCCACUUCCAGCAGCCCCUCGAUGCUUUGGGCUUUCACCCUGUUGGGCUUGCUAAAGGCAGCGCCUUCAAAAGCCAGAGCGACAUGUUUGUGGGGAUGCAGUUGAGUUAUCGAACAGCUACAUUUCUUUCAGCUCAGUUUAAGUCAGUUCUUUCACAAAAACUCAUUUUUACUUUGAAAUGAGGAGUAGGAGGUACUCUCUAAUUUGCUAAAUCACCUCUGGUUCAGACGUACAGCGCUUUCUGGUUCAUAAAACUGCAGUUUUAGACCAUAAUACCUCACCGAUGUGACAAACUGCUGAUCUGUAACGCACAGUUAGGCGGCGAGACAU